AUGUGGUGUUCAGUCAGCAUCAUACAGGAGAAGACAGACCUGGUCCUGGAGGAUGUGGAACAGGACAAGGAGGCCAAGCAGCAGGAGGAGCAGAUAAAAGACAAGAAUCUGCAACAGAUGGGAAAAGAGGAAAAGGAUAUAGAUGCACACAUGGAUCAAUGUACUCCAGUGAUGAGCAAAACCAUGAAGGAGGCAGAAGUGGAAGUUUUGGCUCACAUGGAGGAAAGAUUGCAGCAGGAGUGCCUGGAGGCGGCCCGCGUAGCAGAGGACAUGGCCAGAAGGGCAGCAGAGGAGGCAGUCCGACAGCUGGAGGAGGAGCAUUCAGCUAUGAUUGUCAUUGAAACGCAGCCAGAGUCCAAUGAGCAACUGCCCAACAUCCUGGAAGAGGAGAACGAGGAUGACCCAGAGAGCCAUUUGGAAGUCUCUGUUGCUGAAGGUGACGGCACUCCUUCAUCAACAGAAGUUGAGCCUGCAUCAGAGAAGAGAGACCUGGAGACUCCAGUCUCUCAACAGAUCAGAGGACAACUAGAGCAAGAAGCUUCAGAAGAUCAGACCGGCCCCACAGAUCAGGAGAAUGCAGCCUCAACAGUAGAAGGAGGUGGAUGUAGAGGAAGCUGUGGUGCAGGUUUAAAAGAAGCUCCUGAAGUCAGGGUGGAUGAUGUGGAUCAAGAUGUGUGGCUUGAAAAAGGCCUUAACAUCCCUCAAAUUAUCACAACCCCAGAACCAGAGAAAAGCACUUUGAACAUGUCCAACAUCCCCCUGCUCAUUCAUAGUCCUGCAGGUGAUCUGUCUGCAGACGAGGAUGAGGAUGAGCUGAUGAGGCUCGGUCUGAAGACUUGGUCCAAUCAGGGUGACCAGCUUUCUGCAGAUGAAGAGACACGUCCUCUGUCAGCAGUAAGCGUGGGCAGCGUGGUGGUCCAGGACCGUCUGAGCGAGCUUGUCAGGCUGUUUAAAGGUCGUACAGAGCGUCAGAAAGAGAGGCUGGUGGACCCGGACGAGUCUGAGGAAGAGAGUCCCUCAGCCUGUAUGUCAUAA